AAAUCGAGCGAUUGAGAGCACUUCGCAAAAUCAGAGCGACAAAAAAAAAUAAAAACCAAUCCUUUCGAUUCCAAAUUUUUUGUUACUCACUCGCACGAGUUUUAUUUGGUCGUUAGUUAUCUCUUUCGUUGAAUAACGGUUUUAAUUUAAACCGUUACUUUUUAUCAAUGGCGACUUCGUCACCGUCUCUGAGUAACAAUGGUCUUUCCUCCGUCGUCACGCCUCCCAAAACUCUCCGUGGUCUCAAUAAGCCUAAGUGUAUUCAAUGCGGCAAUGUAGCUCGCUCCAGGUGCCCUUUUCAAUCUUGUAAGGGUUGUUGUUCAAGAGCAGAGAAUCCCUGCCCGAUUCACGUUCUUAAAGUAGCUUCAACGUCUGGUGAGAAGACGCAGGCGCCAAGUACUCCAUCUUCAGAGCAGAAAGCAACCGAGGGCACUCCCGGGAGUACCACUAGAGUUUCGUCAAUCCGGCAACUUUCUAGCAACUUUGCUCAGUUUAAUAACCUGAAUGCUUCUUCCCGCCAGAGAAAACCUUUGACGAUAAAGGAUGCUCAAGCUUUAAACGAGUGGCGGUUUACAAAGCUAAAAGAGUACAGAGACAGAAACAUUGAAGUAGAAAAUGAAGCUUUUGAUCGGUACAUGAGUAAUGUGAAUUUACUCGAAGAAGCAUUUUCAUUUACAUCUGUUCCUGAUGAAGAGAGUCAUGGAACAGCAGCUCCUGAGCAAAACAAAGAGGAAAAUAUUGUUUCAGAGCUUAAACUGAGGCUGAGAUCGAACUCUGCAAGAACAGAGAGCUUUAAGAAGCGGAUCGCGGAGACAGUCAAAGCCGGUUUGGUGAAGCUUAAGAGACUGGAUUUAGGCAGUUCUUCAGAUGAUCAAGAUGAUAUCAAAAGGCGGGUCAAAAGAAAGAAAUGGGAAGAGAAAGGUUCAGCUUUGAAUGAAAUAAUCGAUAAACUGAACAAAGCAAGAACCGAAGAGGAUCUCAAAUCUUGCUUAGAGAUGAAAUCAAAGCUCUGUGGUCAAGUUUCUCCCACUGCUGCUUCCGAGAAGAACAAGAUCUUUCCGGGUGUAGUCCGAAAAGUUGAGAUGAGUGAAGAAGCACUUCAAAAAAUCGCUGAGAAUCUCCAAUCUUUUGACAAAGUUGGAAUGUUGUGAAGUCGAGAACAUCCUGUGGAUGAACUGAAAAGUUUGAGUGGCAAGAAAAUUUCUAGAUCCUUCGUGACCACGGUAUUGUACAAUGAUCAAACAUCCCUCAAAACUGAUCCUGAAGACUCCAAAGACUCAAGAGAUUCUUGUAAAGUAGUGUUGAGCAUCAUUUAGAUAUUAGAACUCAGCCAUGGAUAAAGCUGUUGAUUCUAUCUCAUUGGAUUUUUUUCACUGUGUGUUGUUGCUUUGUUAGAUUUGAAAUUGCUCAUUGGAUUACCUUUGACUUAAUAAAUAGUUGGUUUGGUUUGGUAUUGGAUAACCGCUCAGUCUAAUUAGACCGGUUUGUUUUUUUGGAAAAAAA